AUGAAGGAACCAGACUCAUCAGUUAGGAGAGUAGGAAUCAAAAACUACCUCAAAAAAAUGCCUCUCAUGGACAGCCAAGAACAUGUUUUGGUGCUGAGUGGUCUAUGGCACAUAGCCAUGACUCAACCUGAUGAUCCAGAGUUCCCCUUUCUCGGCGUCUUCGGGUGCAUGGCCAGGUUGAUCCACAGGGGCAUCAAUGAUACAGAUUGGCUUCUUAGAGAUCAGAACAUAUACAUUCCCUACUAUGCAGCUCAUGUCAUUGGUUCCUACACCAUGAACAAGGCUGAGUUCGCGGAGAAAGCUGUGGACUCUGGUGUGAUUCCACCCCUAUUGGAGCUUUUGAGGGGGAAGAUGAGUUGGGUUGAGCAAAGGGUUGCAGUUCGAGCCCUCGGACACCUUGCCAGCUACGAGAGAACCUUUGAAGCCAUGGCGUUGCGCGAAGAAGAGCUUGUCAAGUUGUCCAUGCACUUGGCUUCUACCUGUCCUGAAGUGGUGUAUGCAAAGUUCGUAGGAGUUAAGGAUAAGAGUAAGAGACUGAAAUAUCAUAGUGACUUGCUUACUAGAGGAGUAGGAGGGUUAGAGAUGGAGAAUAGGAAGGCUGAAGAAUGGGCUAGCCAAAUGCAGUGCUGGUCCCUCUAUCUUCUCAACUGUUUUGCCAUUAAAGAAAGGUCUAUUGGUCUCAUGUGUGAGGAACAUUUCUUGAAGGACUUGUGCAAAAUGUGGGGUGGAUUGGUAAAUCACACGUCACCUUCUGGGGUUGGACUCAUUAGGAUAUUCUGUUACAGCAAACUUGGAAGAAAAAACAUCGCAGCAUCAAAAGAGGUCAUAGAAUAUCUAUGUAAUCUUUCAAGAUCAUCGGAUGAUUGGCAAUAUAUGGGCAUAGAUUGUCUUCUGUUACUUCUCAAGGACACGAAUACGAGGUACGGAAUUAUUGAAAUUGCCACUUUGCAUCUCAUUGAUCUGAUUGAAGUUAAAAGCAUUGGAGGAAGAACCAACAUAGGUGAUACAAUCACAAGAACACUCCUUAGUGACUAUAAACGGCGAAAAUCGAAAAUCAAGAACCAUAGUACUGUUCAAAGAGCACUAGAAGAGAUAUGGGGUUUAAAGGUGGAGAGAAGAAAGAAAGAGAAAGUGAUGUCUGAAGUUAAAGUUGAGGAGAAAAGGGUUUUGGUGAGUCUCAUAAAACAACGAGGAAACAAUAGCUUUUGGUUGGGAAAGGUUGAAGAAGCUCAAUUAAAGUAUUCAGAAGCUUUAGGAUUGUGUCCACUAAGGUUAAUAAAAGAGAGAAUUGUUCUUUACAGCAAUAGAGCUCAGUGCCAUUUGCUGCUUGGAGAUCCAGAUGCUGCCAUUAGUGACGCAACGCGAGCUCUUUGCCUCUCAACUCCACCAAACAGUCACAGUAAAAGCCUUUGGAGAAGAUCACAGGCCUAUGACAUGAAAGGGUUGGCCAAAGAGAGCUUGAUGGACUGCAUAAUGUUCAUUAAUGCCUGCAUGAAAUCAGAGGCUACAACAAAAAAGCAUGUCAAGGUCCCAUACUACGCAGCGCGAAUGAUCAGCAAGCAGAUGGAUGCUACAUGGCUGUUUGCUGCUGCAAGAUCAAAGUCACCAAACAAUCAUGUGGACGAAGUACAACAAUCGGACGGUGAUGAUGAGCUUAGCAAGGAGAAAGGCCUAAAUGAUGAAAUGAUGAGAAUGACGGUAGAGAACAAAGGUUUCACUUCAGGUUUGUCCACCAGAAUAGAAGAACCUUUGGUUGGAAAGAGAGAAAGUAGUAGAAGAAAGCUGGAAAGAGCUAGACGUAGAAAAGUUGCCUUGGCUCAAUCAAUUCUUCUCUCUUACAGCCUCAGCCGUGCCUCUCAAUCCAGCACCUCUUCCCUUCAGUCUUCUCUCUUACAGCCUCAGUCGCACCUCUCAAUCCAGCACCUCUUCUCUUCAGUCUUCUCUCUUACAGCCUCAGCCGCACCUCUCAAUCUAUCGAUCACCAGAUUCGAAGCAACGCGACCUUUGCCAAUCGAAGCAAUGCCUCCUUCAGCCCUUCUUCUCUUCGGUCUUCUCUCUUCUCCCUCUUCUCUUUAG